GCUUCCUGGCCCGUGGUACGGUACGCACGGUAGCAAAUUCUUAUUAAUAAUUAAUCAGGUGCUAAUUCUCACUGAUCUUACGCUGAGUAGAGGGAAUAUCGAAUCAUCAUCAAACUUAACUAGCCACCACACCCACCUCCGCGGGAUUACCAUACACUCGUAAUAGGCGGUGGUUAGCCAAUUGGUAGGCUGGAAUACUGAGAGUGACAGCUGAAAAUUCAAAGCUCCACGCCGGGCGCCGAAAAUUGUCCAAUUGAAGAAUUACAGCCACAGUACACCCUUUUAUUCCCAAUAUAUCCCAGCAUUCUAUCCUCUAAUUUCAUAAACACCUCCUGGUCCUCCCGACAAAUCCAUAGCACCCACCGGUAGUGCACAACAACGGCAACGAUGGCCGCCGCCAAAUCUGCAACCAACACAGUCAAAAGCCUCCUCAGGGUCGCGGAACGACCGCUACAAAUACCCGGUACUAAGCUCGCAGCCUCUACACCGCCCGCCCAACUCGAUUUAUUUGACUAUUGCUUCUACUACGAUACAUUAGCCCCAACCCCCCAACAGCUCCAACACAGCGCCGACGUCUUCAGGGCGUCCAACCACUCGCCCAUCCGGAUGUGGACAGCCAGCGAAUUCCGCACGAUACCCAUGUCCGAUGUGCCCGAGGUAGCGUUCCUGGGCCGCUCGAACUCGGGCAAAUCGUCGUUGCUGAAUGCGAUUAUGGAGAAAAAUAUGUGUUUUACAUCGGCGACGUUGGGGCUGACGACGACGUUGAAUGCGUAUGGGAUUGGGGGGAAGAAGGGCGGGGAGGCCAAGGUUGUUCUUGUUGAUACGCCCGGUUAUGGGAAGGGGAGUAAUGAGGAGUGGGGGGAGGAGAUUCUUAAGUACCUGACGAAGAGGAAGCAACUCCGCCGCACUUACAUCCUCAUCAACUCGCACCACGGCAUCAAGGCCGCCGACGCCGCCAUCCUCUCCCUCCUCCGCGCCAACGCCGUCCCGCACCAAAUCAUCCUCUCCAAAGCCGACUCCGUCCUCAUCAAGGGCGGCCAGAAGCGGGGCGCCCGCGGCCUCCGGCCCGAGCGCAUCGACGAGCUCUGCCGCUUCGCCGACAAGGUGCGCAACGCGCGUGCAACCUGUCCGGAACGUGGGGAGCACGAGUAAGCAGAAGCAGAAGCUGCAGGAAGGGCAGGAUGAAGGGGUCGAGGAGCAGGAGGAGCGGCCGGAGCUGGGGGCGCCGGCGCUCGGGGAGAUUUUGGCCUGCUCGAUGAAGAUGAAGGAUGAGGCGGGGUGUCUUGGAGUUGAUCCGAUUCGGUGGUCGAUUCUGCGCGCGGUGGGGUUGGGGAUUGGGGUUGGGGUUGGGGCGGGAAGGGGUGGUGGAGGUGCGGAUGGUACGGGGAUUGCGGGGGCCAACAAGCGCGGAUGAGGGGCUAGAUUAGUAGAUGGUUAGAUUGGGUUGGGAAUGGUGAGUAUGGUCUGUAGAUGGGUUGUUGUAUUUUUUUUUUAUUAGCGAGUUUGGCUAUACUUGGUGUUCUGGGACUUGUUUUUUUUUUUCCCCUAUUUCACAUUCACCCCCCACAAGACCAUCUGUACCACUAUUGGAGAUGCUGUUCCCUGUUUUUUGGAUACGCUGUACUUAUAUAGAACCUCAAAAGACUACAUUUUUAACAUCCAUUUCAAUAAAAUAAAUAGAACUUAGCUCCUACACAAAACAAAGAAAGCUACGUACCGUACGGCAUACGUACCUCGAAAAAUGAUAAAAUGAACAAAAAAAAAAAAAAAAAUAGAAAUUAUAUUACCCCAAACGUAUACUUUGUACAGUAAAUAUUCACACAAGGCCUUCCAAUAAUGGAAUAAAAUAACUGUUGCAAAUCGAGUGCUACCUAACCUUUGGAAAACCCUGGGUUGAAAAUGAGAGAAGGAACAAAAUAAAGCGAAACGCUCGCGUUGAAAGAAGUGUUUUCAUGUGUGUGCCUCGAAUAAAAUAACCCCCCUUUCCCACAAACAUGACGAUUUCGGACACAUUACACAAACAAAGACGUUUCAUAAUAACAAAAACAAUGGGGGAAAAUAUAAGAAUAAAAACAUGCACAGAAGAUGUUUAUUAGAAGGAUGAAGGGAGAAGAAAAGCAAAGAUAUUUUAUGAUAAGAGUAAUAGGAGGUAUGGUAUCCCUGAAGAAAGAAAAGAAGCAACAAGAAGGCAUGCUAAAACAUUGUGACUAGAUAUACAUGAUAGUCAUCGUGAAUCAGGCAAAAAGUGAACAAGAAGAUAAAGAAGAUGCAAAUGCGCAAUACAAUGUAAAAGUAUGUUUGAAAGCGACGGAAUGAAGAAUAGUUUUUGCAGGAGAAAAAAAGUGGAAGAUAAGAGGAAUUGGUCAUUGGUCAAAUAACGUGAUGGAAAGUGAUAUGAUCCUAGGGAUUUUGCCUUGCCCUUGACCCCUGGGAGCUUUCACUCGCCGUGAUACUACACCUUUCCUCCGAGAGAAGGCGAAUAUGGGGCAGCAAUGCGACAAGGCAAGCCCAAGAUAAGCAAUGAUUUCCCCGAAAAGUAAUAUUUUGUUGUCUUCGUUGAGUCGUACGUGGUCGGGUUGUAAAUUUGGUAUUUAAUAUUUUGGUAUCUAAAGGUCGUUGAUGGCUUGGGGAGUAAAGGGGACCCAAGGAGAGACAGCAACGAUCCUGAAUAGUGAUCGUGCCGGAAAGAAUAAUAACAAUAAUAUCGACAAGAACGAACCGAGAUGGUAGUCAUAGGCGGAUAGAAGGAUCUUGUUUGAGGUAACUUUAUAAAGGUUAGGGCCGCUAAAAUGGUGAACAACACAGGUCUAGGCGUUAGAUGUCUGAGCUUCCGCGUUCUGCUAGGCUCUCAUCUUCUACAACUUCUUUCCCAUUUCUAUCGACGACGAUGCGCGUUCCCAGACGCUCAGCAGGAAUGCGGUCACGAGAUGCACCAAAGUCAAGCACCUGCGACAUAUGGGUUAGCCAAGCGCUAAAAUAA